GGGUUGAUCACGUGUUUCUAAUUGUUCCAAUGUUCUAAGCUGGUCUUGUCUGUAAUCGCGAUUACCGAAGCAGAAGGAGAGGAUUAUGCUUUACGCGUUUCCCAAGCACGCGCCCCGAGCAAAGUGCACAUAACCUUGGCAAAUGGCACAUGAAACGUUGUCGAGUGUAGCAGGUGGUGUGACAGCCGUGGGUGGAGUGUCGUUAGGUGUUUGGUCAUGGACCGUAAGUACAAGCGACAUCCUGGACGAACACAUGAGAGAGAUGUGGAGGGUAUCCGUCAGCACAGAUGCCGCAGCAAGGAAAGAGAAAUGUGCGCUGCCGAAUGCGCAAUCAGGGGCAUGGAGAAAAAAAGAUGAACAAGGCGCGCAGGGUUCAGGAUGCAGGAUUGUCGAGGGGCGCUGAUUGGGCGAGAGGAGGAUCACGACUCAAGG